AAAUGCACAUAUUCAUGGCUUAGCAAAAAGUCAAUACUUGCUGACCUUCAAUUAACCGAUGAUCAAUUUUUGGAUGUUUGCAUUCUCGCCGGUUUCGAAUAUUGUGGCACUUUUCCGCCACUAAACUCUGAAUUCAGUGGAUUCAGCUUUAAAGGUGUUCAUGAUCUAAUUAAACAGUACCGAAACGGUUUCAAUGCUGUUCAAGGUUAUGCAGAUCAUGCGGGUGUCCAAAAGACAAACUACAUAGAAACGUUCUGUCGUACUAGGUGUGCUAUUAAAUUCCACAUGGUAUUGACAGAUGAAGGAAAAGUAGAACCAUUAAAUGCAGAAACAUCACCGAGCGAUAUUCAUGAUGUAAUUGGUUAUCGUUUACCAGACGAAGUAUAUUUUUAUUUAUCCAGAGGGUUAAUGUCUCCACAGGUUAUUAACACUUUGAUAUCCGGUGUUCUUAUUGAAAAUCCGCCCCUAUGCAACGGCGAAACACAAGAAUAUAAACAAUUCCUGAAACAAAUACUUGAUCUUCGCACACAAGCAAUGGGCUUACUUACCCAGCCUCUACACCAGUUUUAUCAAUCUAGACGUGUUGUGAGUGUUUAUUGGUUUGAAUCUGGCAAUGAACAUCCUUUAAACCAUAAUGUUGCUCCGAGUGUUCAUGAAACAUUAAAUACUUGGAAUGUUUUGGAAAGAGGGUUAGAAGAAGAGAAGAAAGCACAAAAGACUUCUGUUAUUGAUAUAACUUUUUGCCUGAGAGCAACAGCAACCGAAGAGCAAGCUGCAAAGACCAUUAUGCCAAAAAAUAAUGACAAACCUAUUGAUUCCAAGGAUGAAAUUAUAGGAAAUGUAUUGUGGAAACUUUUGGAAUUACGAGAGUUUUUAACACAUGCCCAACAUACCCAUACCGAUUGGGGUGUUGCUUUCAAAAAGGCUCUUAACUCUGCUAAGUCAACUGAAUCUCAUCAUGAGCAAUUAUUUAGUGCUCUAGAAUUGAUUAGAUUUGGCUAUCUCCACGAAGAAGAAAAAAGGCAUAUUCUUCUAAUUUCGAGGACUCUUAGUUUAGUUCCUGUAAAACAUAAGAGUGCACCAUGGAGUGGACCUUUAUGUAGAGAAAUGUUGGUUUUUAACAGCUUUGUUAAAGCAUUAAAUCGAUCAUUACGCAAUCUAUGUGAAAUGUUAACUUUAUCGAUGUUUUUAAACGGGGAUUGCGAAAAAGAUCGCCAAGAUUAUCUUGACAUUGCGUUAAGUCUGCCCUUUUUAUAUGACGCUAACUGUGGGCUGGGUAUUAUCGUCAAAACAUAUCUUGAAAAUACUGUCACUCUAUCAAAAGAAAAUGAUAAAAACAUAAAGUCGGAUUCACUCAAGAAAAUUGAGGAAAUCUUCACUGCGUGUACAAAUGUUAAGACUGAUCUUGAAAAUGGAUUUACGUUCUGGGAUGAGGUUUUGGUCGCAAUAAAAUCACUUAAGACGAGUGGAGUAAUAUCUUCUGAUAUUUCAUCUCAAUUCUUAAACGCAAAUAAUUGGUUGUCUUCUCGACGUCCUUGA